UGUAGUUCACAUACCAAGAAAAAACUAAGAGUAACAAAAAGAAAAAAAAAAAAUGUCUAGCAUGGCUGAGAAAUGGGAGGAACUUAGUGGGAAAAAAAAUUGGGAUGGGUUAUUAAACCCCUUGGAUGUUGAUCUACGUAAAUAUAUCAUUCAAUAUGGAGAAAAAGCUGAAGUGACUUACGACACCUUCAUUUCUGAUAAAGCAUCAAAAUAUGCAGGAGCUAGCAGAUACUCGAUGGAAAAUCUUUUUUCUAAUGUUGGCCUUGAUGCAUCGAAGUAUCGCGUAACCAAAUAUUUCUAUGCUACUUCAUCCAUGCCAUUUCCUGAUACUGUCAUUACGGAAUCAAAUUUUAUGGGAUAUGUUGCUGUGGCUACUGAUGAGGGUAAAGUUUCACUAGGAAGAAGGGAUAUUGUGAUUGCUUGGAGAGGAACAAUU